AUGUCAUAUACCGCAAGCGAAAAAUUCAUGUGCACGUCAUGGGAUGAAGUCGUACGAGCUCCUGGCCGGCCCCAGCUUCCUGAGUACCUAAUGGAUGGUAAGCGAUGUAAUGAGGCGCUGGACCGCUAUUAUGCGGAGCGUAACCCGAGAUUCCGCACACUCCUUCACGGCGAUACCCACACCGGUAACGUCUACUUUACGUCUAGCGGACGCAUCGGUUUCCUUGACUGGUCAGCCUUCCACUUUGGAUCCUGCUUCCAUGAUGUUGUCUAUCACAUGACAGCCAUGCUAAGUGUUGAAGAUCGCCGCUCACAUGAAAUGGAGAUCCUGGAUCACUACCUCGAUGCGCUGCACCGCCUUGGUGGUCACAAGUUUGACCGUCACAAUGACCCCGAAGUCAUGAUCGAAUUCCGGCGCUCGUUCAUGACCAACGUCAUCUGGCUCAUCUGUCCCGACGGUUUGCAGAGCAAAGAGCGCGUGGCGGCCUUGUGUGAGCGCACUGUUGCGACUUACGACGACCAUAAGGUCCUCGAUGUCAUUCUUAGCCAGCCCAGGCCGGCAACAUCAGAAUGA